AUGUUUAAGUUCGUCAGCUUGCUUCGAGGAUCCCGUGCGGCUGCAUCCAAGGUCUCCGUGCCUUCUGCUACACUUACUCUCUUUCACAACUCCAACUCGCGUCUUUCUAGCCACUUGUUGGACCGUCUAGUCAACCAUGAGUCUCGUUACUUGUUGGAUGUUCGCACCGAUAAGUUGCCUCUGUAUGAAACGUACAGAUUCAUCCACGAGGAGUGUAUGAAUGUACAUCCACAAAAUGCACGCGGCUUUGAGCGCGUGUUUCCUGCGCUUCUUGCUUCGCCAGACCAUCUGUUCUGUAAUAGAGAAGUUAAGAACAAGGCCAAGCAGAAGCAGUUUGUGCCUGACUUGGAGUUGGUCGAAGAGAACACAUACUUGGACAAGGUCGCCGCUCACGAGGCUCUGGAGCUUUCGCCUUUCGUGGUUGACUGGGCCAAUAAAUUGGUGGCUGUUGAUGAUGACGGCUUGGACCGUAUCAUGAACCACUACCUCUCUUGCGGUAUGCAGAAGAGCCCCAAGGUACACCUUCCUUCAGAGUCCGAUGUUAUUCUGACUCCUCGCUCUCCAGGAUCUGGUAUCCUGCUGGCUUUUACUGCACCUGCUUUUGCUAGAACUAGCGCCAUCAAAGAACAGAGUGCUUCUGUGAUGUGUGCUGUGCACCCACACGUGGCAGAGUUUGCCGACUUGUUUUAA